AUGACAUUAAAGAAUCCGUUGUUGGUUUUACAAUCAAAUAUAUAUACAUCAUUUAAGGAGGAGAUAAUACCAAUAAAAAUGAAAAUUUUCAUUAAAGCCGCAUUAGUUGUCUUAUUAAUAUUAAAUGUCGCUAUUGCGACAGCUCAACAAGACGUUCCUCUUGAUCCUGGAUUAUAUCCUACUACCGAUGUCUCAAAACCAACUCCUUAA